AUGAGGUUAGAGGAACUAAGUUCAAACAGAGAAGGAACUAUGAGAAGGGUAGAGGACAACAUCGAGGGGAAAACAUUAGACUGGAAUCCCCGGGGGAAGAGGAAAGCAGAUAUUGACGAGUGCGACAAGAGCGUAAAUCAGUGCCCCGGACCGUGCAUCAACCUCCCGGGGAGUUUCCAAUGUGACUGCAACAUCACCGGAUUCACCAGCAGUGAGACAUCCGACCACUGCGCCGAUAUCGACGAGUGCAGUCAUCACAAUGGCGGAUGUGACGACAUCUGUAUCAACAAACGGGGCACUUACGAAUGCCGAUGUGAAACCAAAGGGAGAAAACUCGGGGAAGACGGUCACUCGUGUGUGGAUGUGGACGAGUGCGCGAGAUACAAGGGCAAGGUGUGUGCUCACGGCCAGUGUGUCAACACAGACGGCUCGUACACAUGCACGUGCAACGCCGGGUACAGGCAGGCGGAGAACCUCAGCGCGUGUCAAGACGUGGACGAAUGCCAGACAAACAGCGGCGGGUGUGAGCAGGUAUGCGAGAACAGCCCCGGCUCCUUCCAGUGCUCGUGUCACAAGGGAUACGCCCUCCACGAGGACAAGGUCACCUGUAAAGAUGUUAACGAGUGUGUCCUGAAGACAGCGGGGUGUGAGGACACCUGUUACAACACCGUAGGGUCCUUCAGGUGUGGCUGUAGUCGAAUCGGCCAGGUACUGGCAGAAGAUGGACUCACGUGCAAGGAGUGCUUAAAGAACCAGUUCUUCAACCGUUCCAAAUCCGUGUGCAUGGACUGCCCUAAAAAUGCACAUGCGCGAGACGGCCUUGCCCUUUCUGUUCGGGAUUGCCGUUGUGAUAAAGGUUUCCAUGGCAACCCCACUUUGGGCAUUGGAUGUCAAGACGUCAACGAGUGCCACACCGGAAACAUGCGGUGUUCCCACACCUGCGUCAACACGGUAGGAAGUGCCCACUGCGCAUGUCCAGCAGGCUACAGUGCGGAAGCUGACGGCGCCAACUGUCAAGACGUGAACGAGUGCGAGCGAAAGAGCCACAACUGCAGCCAACUGUGUCACAACACACUCGGCUCCUACACGUGUCAGUGUCAGGCGGGCUACAGGCUGGACAAGGACGGUCAAGGCUGCACAGAUGUGGACGAGUGCUCCAAGGAGAAGAGCAUGUGCUCACAGCUGUGUGUCAACACGCCAGGCAGUUUCACGUGCACGUGCAAGGAGGGGUUCGCUCUCAGUGAGAACAGUCUCAUCUGUGAAGAUAUUGACGAGUGCUCAUCUGAUAACAACCCGUGUCAACAUUCGUGUGUCAACACCGAGGGGUCUUUCCAGUGCCAGUGUCAGGGGGCGGGGUUUAAACUCUCCCAGGACAUGGUCACCUGUAUUGACAUCAACGAAUGUAUGGAGGGAGAUAACCCAUGUCCCGACAUCUGCAUCAACACCGUGGGCUCCUACCUCUGUGACUGCGACAGACCCGGAUAUCGUCUGGCCAGUGACGCGUCCGGUUGUGAAGAUAUAAAUGAAUGCAGCCUUGACCCUUGCCCCCACAAGUGCGUGAACACACCCGGAAGUUACCUGUGUAUUUGUCCACCUGGUUUCGCCAACCCUUCUGACACCAACCAGACUUCAUGUAUAGAGUGUGGGUAUGGAACAUAUCGGGGUCCUGAUGACAAAACCUGCAGGCGAUGUCCCCCUAGGACAAACACCAGCUCCACAGGCAGGACGUCCUUAGAGGACUGUACCUGCGUGCAGGGUUACAGGCAGGAUACACACGGUACAGGGCUGUGCUUGGAUGUAGAUGAGUGCAAGUCGGGUAAACUCAAGUGUGAGCAGGGCUGCGUCAACACACCUGGCAGCGCACACUGCACGUGUAGAGUCGGAUUUGUCUUGUCGGCGAACGGAUUAUCCUGUGAAGACGUGAACGAGUGUAAGAGUCACAAUGGCGGCUGUGAGCACGUCUGCGUCAACACGCCCGGCUCGUUCCUGUGUCGCUGUAAGAGUAAGAGCUUCAAGCUGGCGGAUAAUGGGCUGUCGUGUGAAGACGUCAAUGAGUGCGAAUCCCCGAACCAUGAAUGUGAGUACAGGUGCAUCAACACGCCAGCAGGUGCCAAAUGCACGUGUCCACCUGGGCACGAGCUACUGCAUGAUGGGAAAAAAUGUCGGGACAUAGACGAGUGUCGAUCACGUAACGGCGGCUGUACGGGCACGUGCAUCAACACACCUGGCUCCUACAGGUGUGAGUGCAACAUCCCGGGCUACAAGCUGUACACGGACGAGCGCCAGUGCAUCGACCGGAACGAGUGCGAGGAGGUCAAGGACGUCUGCGAGGACACGUGCGUCAACACGCCCGGCUCGUUCAACUGUUACUGCAGGAAGAGCGGGUUCACCCUGUCGGAGGACAAGCGGGGAUGUCAGGAUAUCGACGAAUGUGCCAAAGCCAAGAUCUGCCAACAGCGCUGUGUUAACUUACCUGGCUCCUUCAGGUGCGACUGCGAUGCCGGCUACGUCAAAACCGGACACAACUGCUCCCCCUGUCCCCUGGGUUCCUACAGGACUAAGAAGGACUCGGUCCUCACCUGCUCGACCUGUCCUCCCGGCAUGACCACCGCCCAGACGGCCUCCACCUCCCUCCUCGACUGUUUCUGCCCUCCCGGUUACCAAGGCAACGCGGAGACGCGGGACCAAUGCGAGGAUUUCAACGAGUGUUUUAAAAACAACGGCGGGUGUGAGCAGUUAUGUAACAACACAAACGGCUCUUUCUUCUGCUCGUGCAACCAGGGCUACACCCUGCACGCGGACAAGCGCACGUGCGUGGCGACAAAAUGCCCGCUGUUGUCGCCGCCUGACUUCGCCAAGUUCGCCAGUAAGGCGUGCGCCAGGAUGAGCAAGGGGGAGCAUGUCGCCCCGGGGACAGAGUGCACGUACAAGUGCCGGAAGCUCUUCGUCCUCAAAGGUGACGAGAACAGGACGUGCCAGGACAAUUUUACCUGGUCUGGCCAAAGCCCUGAAUGUAUAAGCAUGCCGUGCGAGCGACUACCCGUACCCGACAACGGCUACCUGUACCCGCCCAUCUGCAUGCUGCCCCGGGUGCCCUUCAGGACCCGGUGCAGCUUCCGGUGCCAUCGGGGGUUCCAGAGCGUCGGCAAGACGGGCGCCAAGUGCAAGGCCAACAGCCAGUGGAAUGUCAAGGCCAAGCACUCGUGCCUCGCCAAGCGACGCAGAAAAAGACGAGGCUCGGCCGAGGCAGGUUCAAGGUCACCGAAGCCCAGGUCAAGGCCACUUUAAACAAGUUUUGGCAAAAAGACUUUUUUGAAAAACCUAAAAACAUACUUUUGCAGUGUGAUUUUGUUGUAGUACCUGUCGCUAUGGUUACAAGAACACUGCAGCAAGCCUCGUUUCAACUUCGACAACAUUGUUUUAGCUUGUUAAAUUCUUAGCAUUUUAUUUUCAGAUUUCGAAUAUUACCUUAGUUAGUCGACUUACUUGAGAGCUAACUAUUUAAACUGAUGUAUCGUUAGCUGUGUUGAUAGAUCUAUGUUAAGAUUAAAAAUUGUAACACUUUGUGUUCAUAUUUCAAAAGUUCCAGUAUCAAUUCGCUGUUAUCUCCCUUAUGUUGUUAGUUGUACUGGAAAGGAUUAUAGAGAUUUGUUGAUAGUUAUAAAAGUUUUUGUGAGUAGUGUUAGUUUAAAAUGUUAGAUUGUGUUAUUUCAACUGGUAACCUUGUUGUAUUGUUUGAAUAACCUGUGUGUUUAAUGGGUUAAAACACUACGAUGUUUCAAUCCUGAUUUUCUUAAUAAAAUACUCAGAGAGA